UUGGUUGUUGUCGUGUUUUGUUCAAACGUGGUGGCGGUGGGCCUGUGUCUGGGCACAUCCUCAUUAUUCUGGCAACAGUUUCUACGCUAGUGCUUCGAUUUUUACGUCUUGUUGACCCAUGUACGAAAUGCCCCCCAAAAUGUGCAGAUCUGUUUGAAGAAAAGAUUUCUAAAAACAAAGAAUACUUACGACUGCAAUUUCGCAGAAAGAUUAACUAACGAGACUGACGCGUCCUGACGACGGCGGCAGGUGAUGGUAUUUCACUCUUUCCUAUGCAGAUGGUCGGCUGUAGUUUUCACCUUAAAAUCUAAACAUCUGUUCUCAAAAUAGUUUUGAUUGAUACUAUCAUGCAUUUAUAAUUCGAGAAUGUCCAGGCGACCACUGAUAUCAGUGAACCGGAAUCCGCAGCAAGAGUUAGGCGUAGGUUUAGGUACACCAAAAACAAGAUCCAGCAUGUCUGAGACUGGACAAAUGACGGCGCUUUCAUCGAAUUCUUUGUCAUGUGGACUCAAUUCUCCGAUGACCAGCCUGGCGAUGAAUCUCAGUGAAUUGUCGACUGGAAGGAUUACUCCAAAACGCAGGCUGUCUCUGUCAAGUAUUGAUACUCCAUGCAGUGAUAGGAUGCAAACUAGCUCAGACACAACAUCUUCUGCAGAAUCAGGAGUGUUUGCUGAAUCAUCACCAUUAUGUGAAGACUCUCCGACUCUUGAAAGUUUGCAUGUUCACCAUCGCUACAAGCCAAACAUUCCUGUUGAGGCUUUUACAAAGAAAAAAACUAUAGCCUUCAGGCGUCUAAAUAACCAGCCUCCACCAACUCUUCGCCUGGACACUGACAGUCCAACAGACUUCCUGUCAGAGACUGGGGCACAGGAUAGGGUUAACCCUAACCCUCUUGGAGAUGCAACAACCAAUAACCUGCCUCAACCUGUCUUUUGUAUGGAUGAUUGCAGCUCUCAAGACAGUGGUGUUAGCCUAGAUAAGGAGUUUGACUUCAAAUGCCCUGCGCCUAUCAGCAAAUGUAAGAAAAAAGUCAAAUCAGCUGAUCAUUGUGAAGAAACUUGCUCACCUUUAAAGUACUCACCUGUCAAGUCAUCAGUAAAAAGGCCUCUGUCAUUCUCAGUAAAUUCAUUUAAUUCAAGCAGUGAUGGCACCAACCCUACUUAUCUACCAUGCUGCUCGCUGACCAGCAGUAAAGGAGAUGAUGCUGCUGCUGAUGAUGAUGGUGGUGACGAUGAUGAUGAUGAUGAUGGCUUUCUCGAUCUUGUUGACAUGGAGGUAUCAGAGAUUAAUGACCAAGUGCCUGAAAGUUUCUCCAGUCUUUUUAAUGAGCCAGUCAUCAACCGUCCCCAUAAAGGUGCAACAGAAAAUCAUCACACUCCAACGAGCCGAAAAGUCGUUCCUUCCAGGUUGCGAAGAUCUCAGUCGGUGGAUAUUCAGGUUCGUCAGUUUAAACGCUCAGACUCCUGCAGAGAUGAGAGUUUUCUAGUACAGAAUAAAAGAUGGAAACCAGGCCAGUCUUAUGAUGACUCGUCUAAGCUGGUCUUUUCACAGCAGAUGCCAGGACCACGCCUGCAUAGAUGUCACUCAGAGACUGAAGCAAUGAUCAAGUCAGCAGUCAGUCGAAUGUCUGAAGAGCCAGACCUGAUUGGGGACUGUUCAAAGCCAUACGUCUUGCCUCUGCUAAAAGGCCGACACCAAGAUCUGAAAGCAGUGUCACCAGAAACAUUAGCAAAACUGAUGGCCAAUGAAUUUUCUGAGCAAGUGGAAGACUUUGACAUCAUUGACUGUCGUUAUCCAUAUGAAUUCAAAGGAGGACACAUAAAGCAUGCAAAGAACCUAUUUACACGAGAUGCAGUCAUGGAAGAAUACCUUAAAAACCCCCGGAAGCUGCAGGACCCAACCAAACGCUUUAUCCUAAUAUUCCACUGUGAAUUUUCAUCAGAACGGGGUCCAAAUCUGUUUCGGUUCCUUCGAAGCAAGGAUAGAGAGUCCAACAAGGAGUGCUAUCCAUUUCUUCACUACCCAGAGAUCUACCUUUUAGAGGGCGGCUAUAAAGCCUUUUUUGAAGAAUACAGGGAAUUGUGUGAACCCCAGACCUACAAACAGAUGCUACAUAAAGAUCAUUCAGAAGAUUUGCGAAAAUUUCGUGCCAAGUCCAAAUCCUGGGCUGGUGAAAAGGGAGGUAACCGCUCUGGAUUGCGUUCCCUGAAAUUUUGAACAACACAGUUUUGCACAAAGCCCCACAGCUCAACGUGUAUAAAUCAAUCACCAUCAUAUUUUCAUAGAUAUUCAUUCUUAUGCAGUUUGUCUACAUAAAUUUCUGCAAAUUGAUUGAGAUUUCUGGGGUUUUAGAUUAAAAAAUUGAUUUUUAAACUUACAUUUAAGAUUUGUGAAUAACUUUUAAAUCAAAAUAAAACAUUCCUCAAGUUACAAUCACAUUUUAAUGUAUCGAGAAAGAAGAGCAGCACACAAAUGAAGCCUUAUCUCAUUUUUAUUUAAUGGUAUACCUUGUAUUGUGCUGUCUGUAAGAUAAUGCUAAAUAAUGCACUGUGCUUUCUGUAAGAUGAUGCUAGAUGUUUGCAUUCCAUUUACUUACCAGCAGUGGUAUAUGUUCUCUGCAUUGUUGACUUUAGGUCAUAAGAUGUCAUGCAGGUGGUCCAUUCUGUUCAUAGCUCUGGUGACUAAGGGUGCUAAACAGACUUAAAAGUGUCUUGGUGAAGUGCAGGCAUUUGUGACACAAGGUAUAAAAAUGUUGGUAUGUAACUGUCUCACCUUGUAAUGCAAGGGAUCACGAUCUGUUGUAGCAACAUGACUGAGUCAAUUAGUUAUGCAUAUACAAACUUCCUGUCUGGACUAGUGAGCAGUCUGUACUAGAUAUAUAGAGUGUGACAUUUUACAGUCUUUAGCCAUGGCACUAUAGAAUGCAGGAGAAUAUUUUGUUUUAUCUGUGGGCUUCGUUGACCGCAAGACUCAAACUGGGUGCUCCACUUAUUCAUUAAACAUCUUUGUCAGCUUUGCUUUUAGUAACUUUCUGUGAAGCACAGGUGCAUUGUUUUUUUCAUCAGCAUGUUACUGCAACUGGUGAGCAUAAACAGACUUUUUUUAAAAAAUGAAAAAAGAGUGGUUAUUUUUUUUUUAAACCCUCAUUUGGAAGAACUAAUAACAGGAGAAAGGAAAAGCAAUCUCAGAAGAAAAAUUAAUGAGCUGUUAGACUUCCCCUGCCUCAGAUCCCUUGGACAAUAAAACCAAUUGUAUCUAAAUCUGAGGUAAAUUAUUUCUGGACUCAUUCUCUAUGUCAGUCUGUUCUCUUGUACAUUUUGUAGGCAGUUCUUCAGUAUUUUGAUGAUACUGUAUCUAUUCUUUUUGUGCAUGUUAAUGACACUCUAUCCUAUGUUCGCAGUCCUCUCUGUUUACCUCUGAAACAUUCAUAGUAUCUUGAUAAGAGCUACAGUCUGUAGCAAACAGCACAAUUCAGCAAAGGAGAAAAGUGUGUCUGUGUGAGAGAAAAUGCAUUUACACUUGUCUUUGCAUGCAUUUGCAUUCUGCAAAUUUACAUCCAUCAUAUUAGUUAUUGAGGUCAAGGAAGUCUGUGUUAUAUUUAUAUGAAAACUCAUUGUCUGCCAUCUGCACACACAGCAGAUAUGAUUCAUUUGUGCUAUGUUCAUCUUAAGACUGGUCAUAUCAAUGGCCGUUUGUGCAUGUAGCAGAUAUGAUUCAUCUGUACAAUGUCAUAUCAGUGAUCGCGCGUGUGUGUAGCAUGUAGCAAUAGUAGUAGUAUGUCAUAGGGGCAAUUCACUUUUUCCUCCUUGCCCUUUCCCUGACUGAGAUCUGAUGCACUUCACCUGGCUACUAGAAAGAUACUAAGCAAGUUAAUAUAAACAGCGUUGAUACAGGUGAUAACAGCAGAGACUGUAUAAAGGUCUAGUAUGUAUAUAUUUUUUGUAUGACUGUGUUAGGCUUAGUGCGGAAGCUUUUUCCCAAAAUAUGUUCUUGAGAUACAAACAUCACUGAGCACAGAAAGAAGUCAUAGACAUCAAGAUUGUACAAACCAAAAACAUAUGCAUCAAGAUAAAAAUCAUAGACAUCAAGAUUGUUCAUAGAUAUGUUUAUGCUGUUAAGCCUCUGGCCAGUGAGAGAGAGGGAUCCCCUAUGUUAAUGAGGCAUAUCUAUGUACAAAUGUGACAUCAUGAAUUUGACCUUUUCUGUAGAUAGUGAUGUUUAUAGGCAUGCAUCUCAAGAACAAAAGGAGGAUAUUCAUCUGAUUUAGUCAGAUAGUCUCUUGUGCUAAGGUUUCUCAAGAAAAAAAAUGUGCAUCCCAUUAAACCUUCAAGACCCAUUCUUCUGCAAGUAACUGGCAACAGCACGGAUUCACAAUGCCAUUAAUUGCUUAUUUUUGUCGUGAUUACCAGGGAGAGGUUUGGUUGCUUAAUAUACUUAUUUGGAAAUCCGGAGCAGCAAGAAUUUUUAAUGUUAGUAUUUGUAUGGGCCUUUUCAUUUUGACAUUUUCUUUGAACAAAGUAAAGGAUGUUGCAUCAUAGCACAUCAAACUGUUCCCUACCUUUAGCCCAAGAUAAUGGUAGGUUAGACAGUACAGAACUUCAUCCUAUGGACAGGGUGUUAGUGCUUUAUACAGCAUAGGAGAAACAUAAGCAAGAAGUAAUAUUAUGAAGCUAAGUGCAGAUACAUUCAGCAUUUUCUGUGUGUCACUUGCUUCUUGAGUCAAAUAGUUUUAGAGAUUUGCUUGAAUACCUUUGGAACAGAGUCUGCAUACAAAUUGCUGUGCCAAAUAAUGGCCGAUGAAGUCAGUACAUUGCGAUGUUUUACUGAAUAAAUCUGGAUUACCACUCAAACUAAGUUCUGUGUGAAACCUCAGUGAUGACACGCAUUUUGUCACAAGGAGUGUAAUGUUUUAAGAGAGGGCGUAGAAAACCUUGGAGCGUUUUGUUUUUUCCUAAGAAACCUAGAGAACCUGGCAAUUUCAGCUUGUAAGUAGAAAGGAUUUAUCUGUUUGGCAAACAUUUUACUGCAGACAUUUUUAUUUGCAAGUGUGUUACAGAUAUAUGUUUGGUUUGGUUUGCAUUUGUGCGAAAGUAAGAUUACACAUUGAUUGUGUGUCUGGAAGGUAUGUGUGUAGAUGUAUUUUUAAAUGGAUUCAUCCUGUGACAAAUGUCACUUUAACCAAAUGAGUUCUUUUAUAACAGUGGCUGUGUGUUACCUAUAAUUUUUCAUAUGGUGUGUACUGGUUUGUCUCCAGUGAGUCCUGUAAGUUUGUGCUCAGAUGGUAUGCUAUUUAUAUCCAAUGAGAGAGUAUUGAUUCCUAAAGUUGGGUUUUUAUUAAACAGGGGUAUGUGUAUGUUUUUCCAUUGGGAGAGUGUUGUGUUGCAUAAUAUUUAGUAGGCUAAUGUCCGUGUUUUAUGUUUAUGUUAGUCAUUGUUUAGCCUGCUUUCAGUAUUCUUCUGUAGAUUUGUAGUGAUAGUCUGUACCUGUGUUUCUGAAGAUAUUUUUUGAUAUGAGCAUAGUAGAAACAGAUGGUCUUGCUUGCAGGCAUAUCAUGCAUGAGCUGAAUAUAUCUGGAAGUACCUGUGCAUUUUUUAGGGUGCCUCAGGCACUUAAAUGAUUGUCAGGGUCCACCAAGUUCACUUUACGGGAGUACUCUUCUGUUCACCUCAGUAUGACAAUCAGAAAUUUUUUCAAGAGAGCAAAAACUUAUAUGUGCUUCUUGGCCAUCUGUGUCUAUACCUGGCCAUUGAGAACAAGGGCUUCACAAUCUUGGUACUGGCUACUGUAUUAGAUGGUCAAUAUAAUAUACACCCUUCACUGGUGUAUAGUCUUUAGGAAUGGAAAGUUGCUGUCUUUUCCUUUCUCUAUAUACUAGGCAUUGUCUUAUGUAAGAAAGGGAUUGUCUUUGGGCUUUUAUUUAUAAACUCGCUUCUGGUAUAUCUUGUGCUGUGAUUUGAAACUGGAUGGUUAGCAGAUUUCUAAAAGAUGGUUUGUGUGGAUUUACUCAUAAGUACUGAAAUUUGCACAAUUUGUGAACUUAGCCUGUGUAUUUUUGUUUUCACUUGUCAGAAUUUCUACAAGGGGUUUUUUGUUUGUUUGUUUUUUUUAUCCUAGGUAAUUGAAUACAGUCUUUAUUUGGAAUUUGGACUUGAUGGUUUUAGGGACAAGUGUUUUACUCUUUUUUUGUCAUGUGUGAGUGCAUUUUUGUUUUGUUGCCCAUGAAAGUUAAUGGCUUUGGAAAGAAUAGAUGGCUGUUGGGUAGUUUUAUUUAUCCUUUUUAAAUGAUAGUGUCUAAGACAUAAAGCCUAAUAACUACAAGAAUGCUUGAUUGUAGAUGCAAGAUGCGAAUUGUAAGCAGUUUAAGGAGCUGGCUUUCUCAGAAUUUUGAGAGAACAUGUUUAGGGUAAGGUAUUCUUUAUGAUGUGGUUUACUUUCUGAAGGAGAGAGGCGGUCAUCUAAAAGUACCUAUAGAAUGUAGGCAAUUAUGCAAGGUUGUAUCAACAGUUCCUAGCUGGAUAUAAAGGAAUUUCCAUCACAAUAACUUGUGCAUUUAUGUCUUGUUUGAAAUAGGUCUUAGAAAAUGAUGUCCAGUAACUGAAGUAGUUGCAGUUUAUGUAGAUGUCUAUAGCAUUCUAAAAAUAAAGAUUGCUUCAGCAGAUUUUAAGUGUUAUCCACAUUUUUAAUAUUUCACUAGGAAUCUUAAGGAAAAGUUUACAGAUUGUAUCAAGGAAAACCACAGACAGGUGUAUAUAAAGCAGGGUAUGGCAGUAGUUGCUUUGUGAUGGAGAAAAUGAAAAGAAUUUGUGGAUGCUUUCUUAGUAUGAAAAAGGACAAAAGACUAUAUGGUGUACAUCAAUAUUGCACUGUUCAAGUUUCGUGUGAAAGAAUCACCGUUAAGCAUGUUAUUGUCAUCAGAAUUUUAUGAAUGUGCCAUGGUGUAUGAAACUAUACUGAAAAAUCUUUGUUGUACAAAAGGCAGUGAAUUUUUCAGUCAGUAAGCUGUUGUAAUUACCCAAGAAAACAUUCAUUAUGAUGAACAGCAAUAUCCUUUUUGGUAUCUCAUACUUUUAACUAAACUAAUCCAUUGUUCAACUAUGGCUAGUGUUGAUGUCAUGAAGAUGAAACAUAAUAAAUAUAGAAGUUGAGAUUGA